CGUUGUUUCCUACCAUCAUGAAGCAAUCACGGUUUAUUGUUUUCCGUAGCGGGACGCAAAACGGAGAUGGCCUUGUUUCUGAUCAAGGUUGCGAUUUCUGUAUUGCAUUUGAGUUUUCUUCGCAAGUUGGGCUGUGCGAUGGAUCAUUCGAUACUUCCAUUUCGGACAGUGCAACACGCUUCCAUUACCAAACAGUUCACAGUAUUGCCGACCCGUCUCCAAAUUUCAAUUUUCUUGUCAUCGAUUCUAUCAUCUUAAAAAACAAUGUGGAAAUGGCUCUACUGCAUUCUGCUACUGCAGUUGUGUUGGAGAGCGUCAAGUCAGCCCGUUAAGACUGCACUGGAUACUCCCUUUAACGACGAGAUAUUUGCCGGCCUCCGUCAUUGGGUUGAGGACUAUUAUGAACCGAUAGAAAGAUGGCUAGGACCACCGGUAGGAACAACGCAGGAACCCGUUCCCGACAGUGUUCCGUUUCCUUGCAAUGUUUCAAUUGGUCGAUCGAAAGAACCACCAACUUCGGUGAACAGAUUAAAACCGGGUGAUAUCCAACUGAUUGGCACACUGGGUGAUUCCCUUACAUCCGGAGCCGCCGUUUUCGCAAGGUGUUUCAUAGCACUCUUCGUAAGCAACAGAGGAGUUACCGCGGCCGGCGGAGGCGAAGGCAAUUGGAGAAAGUGGCUAACUGUUCCCAACAUUAUCAAGGAAUUCAACCCCGAUGUAGUAGGAUAUUCAGUGGGAGAUUCUUUGACAACUAUGGAAGCAUCGGAAUUAAAUGUCGCUGAAAUCGGUUCUAUGUCUGUGGAUUUGCCUUAUGAUGCGCAGGUAUUAGUCGAGAGAAUUAAAAGUUAUCCAAUGGUGGGUACGACUUGGGACAAAGCUUGGAAGUUUGUCUCGAUGAAUAUUGGAAUCAACGACUUUUGUGCUAACAUAUGCUAUGAACCAACAGCCGAAAAGGUUAUAGAAGAUCAUAAAGCAAAUGUAAUCGAAACUUUACGGAUACUGAAGAAAAACUUGCCGAAAACUUUUGUGGCUAUAAUUGCGCCUAUAAGCUCAAAGGUUUUGAUUGAAGCUCAAAUAGGAAACCCGGAAAUAAACUGUUCUCUCACAAUGGGUUUCGAGUGCCCUUGUAUGUUUGGCUUUUCAUUUAGACCCCACAGAGAAUAUUAUUUUGAAAUAAUAGAAAGGUGGUCACAAGCAGAGAUUGAAAUCUCUUUGAUGCCAGAAUGGCAGAGUGAGGAUUUCGCAGUCGUAGCUGAACCUAUUUUAAGGCAUUCAAUGUUACCAAAAAAUAAGGAUGGAAUUGUUCCUGUGCAUAAAUAUUUAAGCGUCGAUUGUCUUCACUUUAGGCAAAUAACUAAUGCUCUAUAUGCAAAUGGUCUAUGGAACAAUUUGUUGCAACCAGUAGGUCAUAAGUCGGAGACCUGGGAACCGCUUUGGAAGACGUUCCUAUGUCCAACAGAAGAAAGACCCUAUCUGGCUACAAAUGCAAAUUCAGGCGUGUAUGGGUUACGAAAGAAUGCAGGGGAACCGUCAAUAUGUUCAAAGGUGGGGGUCACAUCGAUGGGCAUGAGAGUCUUUCUUCGACCCGCUUCAUUCAUGUUUAGUGGUGUCAUCCGAAUCAUGAGAGUUCAAGUAAUUUACUUAUGUUUGGCCAUCGUUGGCUUUCAUCCGAGCGAUUGCAUGCCCUUCAUGGAUUUCUUGUACAGUAUACUUCAAGCAGGCAAGAAAAAAAUUGAUGCAAAUGGAAUUUCGUACCCUAUGCUACGCAGCGACGUACGAAGACAACCAAUAAUCCCCGAUAACGUUUCGUUUCCUUGCAACGUGCGUUCUGGCAGAUCCUUGUCAAUACCAGAUAACGUUCAUCGAUUGAGACCAGGCGACAUCGACGUGGUCGGUGGUCUUGGCGAUUCCUUAGUCGCCGGAAACGGCGCCAUGGAAGAGUUUGCUACAGGAACCUUCAUCGAGGCACGCGGGGUCAGCUGGUGUGCCGGAGGUCAGGGCGAUUGGAGACAGUUUCUCACACUUCCUAACGUUUUGAAGAUAUUCAAUCCGAGGUUAACCGGAUAUUCUACCGGCACGGGUGAGUUUCAUUCAACCUUGGCAAAACUAAACAUCGCUUUUCCAGUGGCUGCUACGGAAGACGCAUUACAACAAGCAAAAAUCUUAGUGCAGAGGAUCAAGAGCGAUCCAAAAAUAAAUAUGAAGAAACACUGGAAGCUUAUUACAAUCCUAUUUGGAGCUAAUGAUAUUUGCUCGGCGCAAUGUUACAAUCCGCAACAAUUCUCGCCAAUGCGUUACGCCCUGCAUUUACGAAGAGCGCUUGAUUACUUAAGAAUUGCGCUUCCUCGCACCCUGGUCAAUCUGAUUCCAGCCAUAGAUGUCACGGUUUCGAUUAGAGUAAAGCGAAGUGCCAUGUGCAAGAUAUUGCAUCCCCUUUAUUGCGCCUGUAUGCACGAGGGUAACCGGCCGGAAAUUGUGGCGUCAAACAUGUCACGGCUCUAUCAACAGGCUGCCGAAACUUUAAUAGACUCAGGAAGGUACGAUAAAUCCCCGGAUUUUACCGUGGUAUUACAACCAUUUACUAAAUUAUUCAAUGCACCUAAUGCAGAUCCUAUUCGUGCACCGCCCAUCGAUUCUACUUUGGUUACAUACGACUGUUUCCACUUUAGUCAGAAAGGACAUGCACUCGGUGCCAAUCUUUUAUGGAAUAAUAUGUUGGAACCGGUCGGAAACAAGACGGAAAACGGGUUGCCUAAGAUACUGGAAAGAGUACUCUGUCCUACAGAAAGUGCACCCUACAUCUUUACGAACGUUAAUUCGCGCUUUUUCCAAAUGACCGGCAGGCAAGAUGAAAUUAUGCCCAGAUAGCGUAAGAUUCGUAGUAAUCGAGCAUGAUUUACGAAAAUAUUUAUACAAUGCAAUAAGACAUUGAACAAAUUGGAUGAAACAGUAAUGCAUCUAUUAUCGAUAUAUAUUAUUAUCCGCAUAAAAUUUCUGGCUAAAGAAAAACAUAAAUUAAAUACUAAAUAAUUUAGAUAUAAUGACAAUAUAGUGUUUUAAUGGAAAUUAAGCACUUUUGUUUAUAUAUAUUUGCAUAAUUGGUGUCCGAAUAAUUGACGUUAUUCGUUAAUUAUUAUAUAUUAUUCGCGAUGAUUUUAUUGUUUCUCAUAUAUAUUUGAGAAGAAUGUAAUCGUCUAAAAUAUAUAAUAACAUUUUCAACCUGAGGGACAGAUAACUUAGUAUUUAUAC